ACGUCUCUAACAAACAAGCAAACAUACGCCCCAGAUUAAAACAUUGCUAACCCUCAACUAAAACCAAAUAUACAAGAGGCUUACACCUGAAGACUGUUUAUGUCUUUCUAGGAUAUACCACAUGCACCGCUCACCUCUCACCUCUCACCGCUCACUGCAACCACUGCAACCACUGGUAGUCCAACCAAACGAACAGACCAAAACGAAACUGUAAAUGAAAGCCGAACUCGACAGCAGCAACAACAAAAGUAACAACUGGCGAUGCAAUUAAAAGCGCCAAAGAGCAGGAAUAUGGCCAGUCUCAAUGAUGAUGAACCAGCAACCAACAACCGGCGAAACAACAACAACAGCAGCAGCAACUACAAUAACAACAAUAGCAACAUCAACAAUAAUAAUAAUAGUUCGAGCAUUAAUCCCAGCCCGAGCACCAAUAUCAAUAAUAAUAAUGAUAUUGAAGAUGCGACAAGCAAACGGGAGUCAUUGGAGGCACGCAAACAAAAUUUAGAGCAGCGUUUGAACGAAAAGAGUUGGCUGUUGCAACAAAUACAAAAGCAGGAGGCCGCAAUUAUGCAUGGCAACUAUGAACAGUUGACGAUCAAUGAAUUUUUCGCCCAACUGGCGCAGCAGUAUAAGCAUGAGCAGCAAUUGCAGGCAUUGGCUAAGGAUAGCGGCGCUCUGCUGCGACGUAAACAGAGCACGAGCAGCCGGAGUGAGGGCCAGCCGAGUAGCAGUCAAACUUAUAGCACCAACAGCAACAACAAUCGCCAAUCGCACUCGGAAACACACUCUAAUCGCAGCUCGGAGUAUGAUAACUAUCAGCCGGCAGGCUUCAAUGGUGAUAUGCUGGUCAUAGGCGUUGCUCAGCAUCAGUCGCAGCAGCAUCCGCACGUAAAAAGCGCACUGAAGAAGCGUCCGACACCCACACCUACUGCUCAGAUACAAAUGCAAUAUAUUGCACAACGACAGCUGCAGCAACAGAUACCGCAGCAGCAAAUACCACAGCAACUGCAUCACCAUAUGGAUGGCUUUUCCCCCCAGCAUGGCAGUUAUCUGCAGCAGCAGCAACUGCAACAGCCAAAGCAACGGGUUCAGGGCCAAAAAGACGUUAUAUCUAUGUAUUCGGCCAACUCGUCCAAUGUGGCCACCUUGCGGCAGCAGCAUGUGGCGCCGCAGCAACAGCCCAUUAUCGUGCAGUGCGACAAGUAUUAUUUGUCGCCGACGCAUCAGAGCUACAGUGAGGGCGGCUUCAUCAAGUCGAGUCAGAAUAUAAAGAAGUAUGUGUCGCCGCUCGCCUCGCCGAGUGCCAUUAGCUACGAGCAGAGCUCGUUGCAUCAUCAUCGCCAGCUUGAUGCCAUCUCUUUGGCGCCCAGCUAUAUGUCUGUAGAGGUGGAGAGCGUGGAGAGGCUGGACAGGGUACAGCAACAACAACAACAGCAGCAGCAGCAGCAGCAGCAGUAUCGCUGGCGUUCACAAUCCCACAUUGCAGCACUGACCCCACCCCAUCCGCAUCCCAAUCAGAGCAUAGCUGCUGCGCUUGCUGCCGAGCCAAAGUCGCAUUCCAGCGAUAUGUUAGCAGCGCCGCUACCGUGUUAUGCCAGCAAGUCGAAGCCCCUGGAUGAGAUAUCGCUGUGUUCAACGACGACGAUAGAAAAGAAAGUCAAGCCUAAGCAGUGGCUGGAAUCAUCGCUCGACGGGCCAGCAGUCCUGCGUCAAAUGGAUUCCACAGCGCACAGCCCCGUCAGCAGUAUUGGCAGCGGAGCCGCCGGCGCUGCUGCGGCCGUCAGUAAACAUCGAACGAAAUUGUCCUCACAGUCCAUGUCGGUCUCUGGCCGCCACUAUUCCAUGUCGGCUCAGCGAGGGGUCCACAACUAUGCGCCCAAUAACUAUCCGUCUGUUGGCAGCUCCAAGGCUCUGCAUGUGGAUGAAAGAUUUGCAAAGCUGAGUCAGUCCACUUCCUAUCUGAAUGCCAUGGACCAGACAGUGAGCAUAUCAGCAUCCUAUACACUUGAACCACUCGAAAUACCGCCAUUCAGGCAUCUGCCGCCCAAGCCAAAUCAAAAUCAACAGCCUUCGCCGCCGCCCAGGCCACCUCCAGUUGGCAACAACAACAACUACAACAAUAACAAUAAUAAUAGUAGUAGCAACAGUGGAAAUGCUUUGCAGAGUUCCCUGGCAUCGCCGCCCGCUGCUGCUGCUACUGGCACAGCUGCUCCUAGCCUGUCCCCCGAGAUUCGUAUUGAGUCCCCCAUAAAUAUGACUGUGGUGCAGCAGGCCACGUUUCAACCAUACAAGGAGGUCAUCAAGCCCUUCGAAAUGUCCGACUUUUACAAGUACUCGACCAAGUUUAAGCAGAAAGAUGGCGGCCGACCUGAAUGAGAAGAACAUUUCUGCUUUUCUAAUUGGGAUAUUUUUAUAGUAUUUUGUUAUUAUUUUAUGUUAUAAGACAUAUUUAAUAUCUUUUCGACUGACAGUACCAAGUGGAAAUUCUGGCUUUCGUUUGCGGUUAGCGUAAAUUUAUCGAGUUAGAACUUUGACUGAAGAACAUAAACAUUCAAAUACAAAUCAAUAUGUU